GUCAAGUCGAGCCAAGCACCAAACCCGCUGACGCCUGACGCCUCACCGUAAGGUACCGUCGUCUGAAUGUGCCUUACCUAACACAACGAACACUCACCUUUUUUUCCCUUACCAGAAAAAAAAAAGAAGCGGUAACCUCUGCUAUCAUUCAGAGCUUUCGCAGCAUCCUCCGCGACCGAGACAAUCGCACCCUUGCGCCGAAACCCAAGCCCGACCUAUCGCGACAAGGGCUUCUUUGCCGGCCCAUAGUCUGAAUUGUUGUUGUCGGCUUUUUUCUUCUUUCCUCUCCCACACAAUAGACUUCCUUUGCGAAAGCUUCUCCAACAGCUUUUGGCGAUUGACUCAGGCUUCCCCCCUCCAGCCUGCCCUUUCAGCACUUUGGACAUAGAGAGAGAGGUCCCCCCCAGGCUUCACGACCCAGCGACCGACUCCGAACGUAUAUAGAACCACGAGAUUCCGUAUCCUCAUCCCACCACCCUUCUUUCAGUCACCGCGCUUUUCCACGACCGACGACUUUUCGGCUUCUCGCAGACCGUGGGAGUUUGUUUUGCGCAUGCGACAGGCGAUUAUCCGAUUAGUCUGCACUAUCCCGACCGAUCCAUCCGUCGCCGCCGCCGCCGCUGCUCUUCGCUUCUCGACACCGCUGUGAAAAAGCAAAAAGAGGAGGUGGUUUUUUUUCCUGGCUUGCUCUCGGCGACUACUGGUACACAGGCUGCCUACAGCUUUCAACCCGCAACCCACCAAACGCGGCCGCCGCGAAAAGAUUCAAACGAGCCUCACCGAAGCAGGCGACCCCCCGCGUCAGCCUAUCACGUCCGCCUCAAAGGCGCCGCAUCAGCCGGCGACCUGGCCGAUUGAAUUCUCCCAACGGGCCACACAGCUCGUCUUCACCCGAACCAACAAACCCCCCCAAAGAAGGCGCAUGCACAUUCCCAUGUCUUCGAACCCUCGAAAGCGACCAGCGCCAGGAACGAUACCCACCAUGCCGAUGCCACAGGUCCAACAGUCAUUUCCCAGCCCGACCGGCGACCAGUUCUUGCGAUGGGGAGGGGCAGCAGAUGCUGCUACGGGCCUCGUGGACGGAACAGGGGCCCAAGCCGUCAACUCAUACGGCCUCGUUCCCGGUCAGCAGCAGCAGCAGCAACAGCAGCAGCAGACGCCGCAGCAAUUCGUGCAGCCCACACCGAGCCCCAACAAUGCCGUCGCGCGGAGGCAGAUGAACAGAGCACUCGUCCCGACGGGCGCGAGGCAAAACUUCGACUCGUCCAGCGACCCUUGGUCCUUUGUCGGCGAAGACUCUGCGCUCCUGCAGCAGCAACAAGCAAACGGAAACAUGGCCGAGACCGACAACGUCGAAGUCCUGGAGGAGAUGGCUCGCAAAGCCAUGAGGGAGGCGCAGCAGAAGCGGAAGCAGAUUCCGCCGUUUGUGCAGAAGUUGAGCAGUUUCCUCGACGACGAUAAGAAUUCUGAGCUCAUUCGGUGGUCGGAGAAGGGCGACUCGUUCAUCGUCCUCGACGAGGAUGAAUUCGCGAAGAAGCUCAUUCCCGACCUGUUCAAGCACAACAACUAUGCUUCCUUUGUACGACAGCUCAACAUGUACGGCUUCCACAAGCGGGUCGGCUUGUCGGAUAACUCGAUGCGUGCAAGCGAACGGAAGAACAAGAGCCCAAGCGAGUACUCGAAUCCCUUCUUCCGACGAGGGCACCCGAACCUGCUCUGGCUCAUCAACAAACCAAAGAGCGGCAACAAGGGCAAAAAGGGCGCCAAGAAUGCAGAAGUCGAGGGUGACAGCGAGGAGGAUGCCGUCAACAUUGACGACGGCGUGACACAGGGCUUUAGUACCGCCAGUGCACCCGCCAGCAAAGCCCUGCCGCCCUCGGGUGACAUGCCGAUACAGAAGAAGGAGAUGACGUUGAUUCGGGAGGAGCUGGCCAAGGUGCGCGAGCAGCAGAGGAUGAUCAUGACGGCGAUCCAGCGGAUCCAGCAAGACAACACGGCGUUAUAUCAGCAGGCUGUCGUAUUCCAGAGCCAGCACGAUCGCCAUCAGAACUCCAUCAACGCCAUCCUGAACUUCCUGGCCAACGUGUUUAGAAAGACACUCGAGGACCAAGCGGGCCCUCAGAGCGUAAACGACCUUCUCGCAAGCAUCAUUCCGAACGGCAACAGCUCCAGCUCGGUACCUCAGGGAAGCGUCGUGGAUCUGGGCGACUACGUGCAAGCACAAACCUCGGCAGGAAACAACAUCAAUAUCCCAAAGCGCCGGCAAGCGUUGCUGCCGCCCAUUCCCAACGGUCGCGCGAAUACGGUAUCGCCGUCACCAGCUAGCGGCUCCGCGACGCCUCAGCCGUACAACCGCGAGAUGGGCACGGUCACAGAACUGUUUGACACAUCGCCCGGCGACCACACAUCACCAACCAACUACCUGGCUCAAGAGCUCGAGUCGAAUCCCCAUGAGAGCAUGAUGAAGAUUAUCCACGACACAAAUGCCAACAACUCAUCCGGCAUCGAUCUCCCUCACGUCGUCAACAAUACCCCCGCCACAAUGAGCAACGACCAACGGAAUAAAAUGCUGAACGCCAUGGCCGGUCGGUCUUCCGCAACACCCUCAACUAACGCUCCGCAGCCCUCCAAGCCUUCAAUGUCCGCCUCACCCAAUCCGCCAGCUCCAUCCGUCACCGCCACGCCCGAUACACCGCCGCCCAUGCCCGCAGCCCCCGGCCUCUCCCUCUCGCCCAUCAUGGGCUCCGCCGCGCCGCCGCCUUCACUACAGCAAAUCAACUUCAACCAAGAGGACCUCGCCGCGCUACACCGCAUGCAGGAGGAGCAAGCCGCGAAGCUGGACCAUCUCUCCAGCAUGCUCGGACCGCUCAGCCCUUCGGGUCGCAUACCCGGCAUCGACGAGAACGGCAACGUGAACGGCUACUUUGACGGCGACCUGGACAUUGACCAGUUCCUGAACCCGGACGCGUUCCAGGGCGACAACGCGUACCCUGGCGUCAACUUCAACGGUGACGGGAACGACUUCAACUUUACCCUCGACGGUUCGGCUCCCGGUAACGGAGGGGGCAACAGCAACGUCAAUGGCACACCGAGCUCCACCGGGACUGAAGAGGUUCCGCGGGAUAGCUUCGAUGGGAUCACUGGCAGCCCCGAUCGCGGUAACAAACGCAGACGUGUGGGUUGAGGAUGAUGCAUGACUUAAGGGGGGCUUCCUUCGCUGGUUGACCCCCUUCUCACGACUUUCUUUUUAGCAGCACCAUAGGUGGUGUAACGGUCUUGAUCAUCAAAUUAUCCAAGAGGAUGAGAGAAGAAUGCCGCAGAGGGUGUCUCUCUGUUCUUCUUUUUCCCAUCUCUCUUUAGGAGCCGGCGGACUUUUUCGAAAUUACUUGUGCGUGGACAAAAAAGAGCAUGAUAUCCAAAAAUUGCUUAUUGCUUUCUCUGUCUCUCCCUUUCUCUCAUGCUCCCUCUCUUUUCCCUCUGUUGAACUGGGUUGGGAAUUUAGAGACUGGGUGGGAUGGGACGAGGUAUGUGUGUGUUCUUGCUUCGGGGAAAGAACUCGAGGUUUUUGUUGUCCCCCCUCCCCUUUCGGCGGACGAUUAGGGGUGUGAUUUGAGAUCGCAAAGGUGGCAAAGUCUUUUGAUUUUAGGGAUUUGAAAGCUACGAUUGAGCGAAAUUCCUAGGAUGGACGGGAUGGGAUGGUUCUUCUUUUCUGUAAGGUAGAAUAGAAAACUUCGCCGCUUACGGGUGUGGUG